CAUGGCAGGGAUAAAAAGAAAGUCUUCUAACGAAUUGGAAGGAAACGAAAAGGAAAACUGAGCUUGAAGCUCUUCUAUUUACUGAUCUUGUUGAAGUACUUGAUUUACUAAGAAGUAAUGGUUAUUCAGGAGUUAGUUACUAUAAUCUUGGUCUUUAUCUUGGUCUAAACUCUGCUACACUGGAUGUUAUUACAAAGAAUAAUAAAGGAGAUGUUGAGAGUUGUCUACGUGAGUGUCUUACUAAAUGGUUACUGAAAGCUGAUGAUGUACAGAAGACUAAAGGUGGUUCUACUAUCUAUUCAUUGGUAGCAGCAUUGAGGAAACUAGGAGAAAAUGGAGUAGCAGAUGGAAUAGAUAUGGAGAAACAUCCUGCUUGUAAAAUUCUUGCUCAUUGCUCAGAUCAGCAGUCAUCACUUGCAUCUGCAUUACCUCAGUUGGUUAGAGAUUUGCGUACAGCAAAACUGAUAAAAGAGAAAACCUCUUCAACUGAUAUACAAGGACAUGCUCUGUUAACUGAAAUAAAGGAAGCUGUUUGUAAUGAUUACCAAAAACUUGAAGCACUUGCUGAAAUUUUAUUGAAAAACAGGCUAACUGCUGAGACAGGAACUGUCAUUAUAAAAGAAUACAGAGAAGUAUAUUGCUGCAAUGAGUUGAGAUACACAGAUUCUAUCUGCCCAAAAUUUGAUUUUCCUCCUCCAAUGGCUAAAGUUCUUAAAUUGUUACGUUUUAAACGUAGCAAUAUGUUCAGAAAUGUGGGAUCAAUUAUUGCAAACAAAUGCGACCCUGAUUCUACAGUUAAUGAUAUCAGAGGUAUCUUGAGAUUUAACAGUAGCACAUUUCAACAGCAAUUAGCUCAGUGUCGAAGUAUACAUGACAUUUUAGAAUUAAUUAGUGAUAAUAGUUCAUUAACUGACAUUUGUAUGCUGGAGUUUUUGGUUGGUACACUUAAUAUAGAUGAGGCUAAAGAAGUCGUCCGUGAUUAUAAUGAAGCUGUUGAGGAGCUUAAUAAAAAUCAAUCUCUGGAAGAAAUAUUGUCAAACGUCUCACCACUUCAAUGUGAAACGAUCACCAUUCUUGUUGAUAAAAAAGAUGCCGAAUUGAUACUUGAUGAUGUCACAAUAUAUUUACGAAAUCUUUUUCUAAAAUUCUCACCUCAUAUCAGGGUAUAUGCGAAUGAUGCAGAUAAUUCUGUCAAUAUCGCUUGUUCCUUCCCUUUGAUUCUAUCUGAGCAGUUAAUUACAACUGCUCUUAAUGAUAUUGAUGUAUUGAAAGAAAACAAAGUGAAGAGAUUAACCAUUGGAUACUGCACUGUGUAUGAGGUAAAUGACACCUCCACUCCUACUACGACAUAGAUAGAUGAACAUCAAUUUUCCAUAUUAAUAUCAACUAGAAGUGGUUUAUUGAAGCAAUUGAUGCUGUCAUUGAGUGUACAACUGAUUAAUAGUAAAGAGGAGGUGGAUACUUUAAAUGAGGAAAUUAUGAAAAUGAAGAAAGAAGAAAAAUUUUUGAAGGAAGAAGCAGAGUCAUUGAAGAAAACACUAGAUACUAAAAACAAAAUUCUGAGUGCCAGUAUAGCAGAGAGUCAUAGGUUCAAAAGAAUAGCAGCUGAGACAAAGCAGUUACUACACGAGAAAGAAUCACAUUUAACAGAACGUGAAGAAGAGAAUGAGAAACUGAAAAUAAGAAAUGAAAUAUUAGAAGAGCAACUUGCUUUAUUCCAAGCUGAGAAAAAAGGUGGACACAAUGAGAGGAUUGAACAGUAUGCUGAAGUAUCACAUCAACAUGUUAAUGAAAUUAAGAGUAAUCAAGAAAUAGAAUUGUUACAAGA